AUGACUUCCAUCUCAUCCUCAUCCUUCACUUGCUCCUCCCCUCUUUUCUCCGCCGCAGGAUUUGUCAACGACGGCCCUCAUUCUCCUCCCUCCUCCAUCACAUACCGUCCGCUUCGCGUCUCCGCCUCCUGCACAUCCACCGUCGACAGGCCACGCACCCGUACUGGAUCAAGCUCCUCACUCUACGAGGUACUCGGGAUUCACACGGGCGCCACGAGUCAGGAGAUCAAGUCUGCUUACCGUAAGUUAGCGAGAGUCGUGCACCCGGACGUUGCCACUGACGGUCAAACAUCGGCGGACGAGUUCAUGAAAAUCCACGAAGCUUACUCCACUCUCUCUGAUGCCCAAAAGCGCGCGGAUUACGACCGCAUGAUGUUGAUCAGACGGCCACGCUCUUCUUAUUCGUACGCAACAACAAUGUCAGCGUCGGCAGCUGGCCGGAGAUGGGAAACCGACCAGUGCUGGUAG